AUGCCACGCCGACGCCGCCCCCCUCGACCCGGUGCACUCGCGGAUCUCUCGCCAAUUCGCAUCCUCUCCCAAAUUGUCCUCCUGCAACUCGCAUACUAUGCAUGCGCCGGGAUCCUCAUUCUCUUCACUGCCCUGGUAGCGGGCAAGGAGGUCAGCCUAGAUCUCCUCUUCAACUGGCAGAGCCUGAGCGGGGAUACCACGGUUGGAUGGACAUUGGGCCUGGUCUGGAUGUUGAAUAGCCUCGCCUGCGCCAUUUUCAUACUACUUCUCAUCGCCCGCUCCAAGCUUGUUCUUGACUUUGCCCUUACCGUGCACUUCAUACACUUGGUCGUCACCUCCUUAUACACGCACGCGAUACCCGCGAACCUCUUCUGGUGGGCGCUACAGAUAUGCAGCGCGACCAUCAUGACUUCUUUGGGUAUGUGGGCAUGCCAGUGGCGGGAAUUGAGACCCAUCAACUUUGGAAGCAAGACGUCUGCGCGACCGCAACCGCAACCGGCGGCCGAAGAAGAGGGCGGCGAGUCUCGGGGCAGGGGCAGGGGUAGAGGGAGGGAUGGCGCGGGGGAAUACGAAAUGGUUGGCAUGAAUGAAGGGGACAACAACGUUUGA